UGUGUUCUCCUGUAAAUACAACAGCACUUGCACCUAACUUUAGCUUCUUUCCUAUGACACCAAGUACAAGCCCACUUCUCCUCAUCAAAUUCACCAGGGUCAUCAAAGGCGCAAACUGCUGUGAAGUAAACCCGGGGCAAGCUUGCCGAGGAAGAUGCUCUAAACAACACUUGCUGCAAAACUCAGGUGGGCUUUUGUCUUUGAAACUGCCAGGGAAACUAAAAAUUGGAUUGGGUGGUGGAACGAAUGGGGAGAAAGCAAUAUUGGAACUAUUAGUUAACCAGAACAACGACCAAUGUCAGCAACCAAAAUCAAUUCCAGAUAAUGAGAUCAUACGGGACAUAUAUCUACCCAAUUUCGUUAUACCUGACAAAAACAAUCUCGGAUUAACAGCAAUAACACAGCCUCGUUCGAAAUCAGAGUUAUUUCAACGAGAGUUCAUAUUCAUACCUGUGGUGGGAGGGCGGCCGAGAUUUUCAAAGGAUGUCGCAAGGUUUUGCUCAUCUUCCACCUCCGUACAAGACAUCUCUAUGGCUCGGUUAUGCAAUUCUGAGAUAAAGGCUCAUUCGUCGCUUUUGCUGUGCCACAUGACCAUCGAGAAAAGCCAAGAAGCGUAUGUGGUUAUGUCGAGAGCGAAGAGGAUACUCUUUCAUGGUGGUACAUGUUCGUUCGUUGAAGGCUCGAUAGAUUCUAUGAAUGAAUCUAUCAACCUACUUCAAACACCACUCUGCGUUGUUGAAGGGAAUAAGGCUCCUCAUUAC